CUUGAAUCCAUAAAAAUAAAUUGGCCGCAAGUCCACUAUCAGGCUUCCGACACUGUGCAGUUUCUGUUGUUUCUUCUUCUUCUUUUUGGAGCUGGAUCUAAGAAUCCUACGUAAGCACUCGAGCAUCUAAUUCCAAGUACUUUAUUCUUGUUCAUGCUGACGAUCCUCGUUUGGUUUUGAUACCUUAUUUUUCUUGAAAAGGCUGCAGCUGAUCCUGUUCUAAGAACUCGAGCUUCUUGUUCAUGCUGACGAUCCUCGUAGUGUGUUUUAUCGUAAAGGUAGUAUGACAUGACAUGCUGAAAAGAUAGAUUCAACGAGCAGACCGACAUACAUAUUUAUUCCUACCUUGAAGGUUAGAUUUUUCAAAAAAUGGGCGCCGAGCAAUCUGCUGAGAAGGCUAAGGGAGGGAACGGUGUUCCGGACGACAUCGACCGAUCCAAAUACUACGAUGGCCCAAAUGAUAUACAGUUAUGGAUCAUGAUGAAGUACUAUAUCAACUCAGGACAUCACUACAACAUCAUCAUAUUGAUCAUGAUGUUGAAGAUCAAGAAACUAGUACACAAAAACAAUCUCCGGAGUUGGUCGUUUUGUAGAAGGGGUCUUCAUCUUUCUAAUAGACUUGGCAACAUACAUCUCCCUAGGAGGUUGCAUUGUCUUUGUCAAUUUUCCCUCUAACAGAUUUAGCAUACUCCCCUCUAGGUGGCGCGCUCCGCCUCUGGUUCAGGUUCUUUACCUCUAGGAGGUGUAGUCUUCACUCAUUUCAGGCACAGUUCUCUUCUUGGCAACAUACAUCUCCCUAGGAGGUUGCAUUGUCUUUGUCAAUUUUCCCUCUAACAGAUUUAGCAUACUCCCCUCUAGGUGGCGCGCUCCGCCUCUGGUUCAGGUUCUUUACCUCUAGGAGGUGUAGUCUUCACUCAUUUCAGGCACAGUUCUCUUCUUGGCAACAUACAUCUCCCUAGUAGGUUGCAUUGUCUUUGUCAAUUUUCCCUCUAACAGAUUUAGCAUACUCCCCUCUAGGUGGCAUACCUGGGGCGACGGCGUACCACACCUCUGUGGUGAUUAACGGCGUCGAAUACUUUUUCGAUGAUGGUGGUAUUUAGGAUGAUGGUGGUUUUUAGGUUUAGUAUCAUCUUCAUGCAAUAAUUGCUAGGAACAAGAAGACCUCAACCUCAUCUUGUUCUUUCUUCUUCAUGUGUUUUAUUCAGUAGAACAAACACUCGUCUCCGUUUUUUCUUCUUCUUCAACAUGCAUUCUCUUCAUUCUUCUUCUUCUUCUUCAACUUUAUUCUGUUUGCGAUUUCCAACUUUUCUAUCAACAUUAUCCACCUCCACUUUCUAAGAAAGUUUCUUCAGGUAAUUAUAUAAAAAAGAUCUUCAUCCUCUGACUUAGACUUCUCUUCUUUCUCUUUAUACCUGAGGUAUACGUAUAAGUUCCUCCUCAUCCCGAAUCGUUCAGGUAUAAGCUCAUCCUCCGACUUCGCUUCUCAUCGUGCCAUAGGAGCUCAGAAGGAUGGUGUGGAUUUGGCCAAUUCAAAUCAAAGCAUGAUGGAGAGUGGUGGAGGAGGUGCAAGCUCUUCAUCAGGUGCUCCUGGAUCAUUGUUUAGGGACGAGUUGAAGACAUCAAUAUCAAUGUGGUCUAAGGAUAAGGUGUACUAUUCGAAUAACUUCUAUAACCGAGUGUCGUGAGUACUAGUUGCAGAUGUGUAGUAGAAAAAAUGAAAAAUGUUUAGUCUAUAAAGAACCAAGGACAGCACGAGAGUCGUUCUUUAACACAGUGACAGCGCCAUUUUCGCAGCUAAAAAGUAGCCCAGAAGAAAGCCUGUUGGUGUUGUCGUUGUCUUCCUCCUUUUUUGUUCUUGUACCAAUUCCACUCGAUGGUGCUCUUCCACUCACGCCUCUAAUCUCUCGCAAAUGAAGCUGAUCAAGAUGGGAAAAUCAAACAAGACCGGAAGCCAGGUUGUAGCAGCAUUGAGUCAGUAUUUUCCAGCUGGACACUACGACCUACUGAGGAAAAACUGUAAUAGUUUCAGCGACGUCGCCAUUUUCUACUGUCUUGGGAAACGAAUCGAUUCGAGUUUCAGGUACAUUUGCUUCAUUAUUUUUACGAGGAAGCAAAAUCGUGUGUUACUUUUACUUACGCUUCUUUUUAUCCCUUCUUCUCGUUGAUGAUCUUGCAACAACCUUGUAAAUAUUACCAUUUCAUCUUCUUCCACAGGCGCAUGGAAUCACUCGGUUCCUCAUGGAAAGGCAUACUGGCUGGUCAAGGCUAUGAGGAAAAUCCUAAAGCCGAAGGCUUUGAUGUGGAGGAAAUUGUGGCCAAAAUAGACCCAAUGAAAAUGUGGGCCAGCAAGGGGUACACACUAGGAGGCGACGGAAGUGCUGGUGGUGGAGCGAAUUUUAAGGCGGUCUUUUUCCUUUUGAUUCAUUCUUACUCCUCCGAAAUACUGAUCUUAGAAAGUCCUCGGCUCAUCUUAUCAUUAAAGAUGCAAGUACAUUGAUUGCUUUAAAGAAGCGAAGAACUAUAGAACAACUAUAGAUCAUACCAUAGUUUUUCAUCCUCUAAGACCCCAGCACGCAAUGCCGGAAGCGCAUCGUUAACGCCAGAGGAGAUGAGGAGAAGACGCUUGGAGGCAAUAGAAAAGCGUGCGAGCGCGGCUGGGGAUGGGACUAAUGCUACAACAUGAAGAUUCACUACACCUUCAUACACACUACAUCAACUACAUGUACAUCAUAAAGACCACGCAAAUAACCUUAUAGCAGUAAUCGCCACUACGCUUCAUAAUAUCUAUCAUGAUUUCAUCAUUACGAGGAAUGAAAACACUUCUGCCAAGCAGACGGAUGAUCCCUUUUUCGUAGCAGAACAUGUUUGGUUCGCAGACCAUAAUCUAGGUGACCCGAAAAACUGAUAAUGUUGAAGAGCAACGAACUGACUCCCAUGUGCUCUUGUUCUCUUCAUCCACCUUUUCUACUUCAUCAGCAAGGUCUGUGCUUGAAGAUCUGAAGAUCGCUUCUGCUCUUUAGAUCUCAGGUUCAGAGAUGGUCUAGGAGAC